AGCACACCGCUGCAAUAGCGUCGUUGGACGCUCGAAUGGUGGCAAGUGGCGCGCAUCGGCGGAUACAGAAUGUAACAAUGGAUGACGCCUCUUCAGAAUUUGCAUUGGCAAUUGUGACAAAGCACAAUCUCGAUUGUGUCCAAAAGAGCAAGUGAAGUAUGAUCACCGCGUCGGUGGGCGCAGGCUCGAGUCUGCUGCUAGAACCAGCGCGCGAGCUGCUGUUCUCCAUACCGGACAUCACCUCGACGCAUCGUCCGUGCAGUAACCUCACGCUUUCGAAUCUGUCGCCUCUAAACGACGUGGUCUUCCGUGUACGGACACGCAACCCGGACGCAUUUACGGUACACCCCACCCACGGGCUGGUGCCUCCUGGAGCCAGCGUCCUAGUGACCAUCACUGCCACUGCACGGACCUGCGAGCGCUUAAGCGCCAUGGACCCACGGGACUUGAUGACUCGCCAGUCGUCCGAACUUUUCCUCGUGCAGAGUGUGGAACGAGAGGAAGAAGUGCAGGCCAUGGAGCCUCUAGACGUUAACUCCAGUACGUCACUAGGUGCAUUUUGGAAGAAGGUACCAAGAGAUUCUGUCACGGAGAACAAGAUGGUCUGUCGCUUUACAGGGGCGACUCCAGGCGUGCCUCCUACUGAGAUCACACAAGACAGGAAAAUGUUCUCACGCAGUAUGAGUAACGCAAGCUCGAGCUCGCAAGAAUAUCGAUCCAGUCGCAGUGAGAAUAGAAGCUUGAGUAUGAGUGCAAGGGAGAACAGGUUGAGUCGCAGUGGGAGCAGCAGCGAUCGCAGUCUUAACCUGUCGUUUAGCAACCAGUUUACGCCACCGGAGGAGACGAGAGAGCAACGCAACCGACAAGACUCGUUCAAUAGCGACGCUAGCUUCCACACGACGAUUGAGCCUCCGAUGAUGGAUAGAAAGAUACAACGUGACACUAAUCUCACCAGUAUUAGUGUAAGCAAUAGCUCUGUAAGCGACACGAUGUUGACUACGCUGUCUUCAGACGCUACACCGAGUGAGCCGACGCACGAGCUGGGUCCUCUGCUCUACCAUAUUCAGCCGAGCGAUACCUUGUCAUUCAAUGUCAAGCCUGCACCGCGAUUCUGGAGCAGUACUUCAUUGUUUAUUGUGAACUCCAGUCAGAGUGCUUGCCUCACCUUUAAGGUGCGUACGUCGAACCAGUCGGGGUACGUGGUGAAGCCCAGCCGAGGCCUUGUGUCAACUACGAGUGCUCAAGAAGUGGUCGUGUCUCUGUGUACACCACGCGAUGAAAAUAGUUUUGAUCCGGAAAAGCGUGAGUCCAAGGACGGAUUUAUGAUCGAAGUGGCCAAUAUCUCGAGGGAUCAAUACUUGGAUCUGAUGAAGCUGGACGAACACAAACGCACCCGCGAGAUCAGCUCAUUGUGGUCGCUUAUGCCACGAAGCGACCGUGAGUCUACGAUGCUGUCAGUCGAGUUCAAGAUGGACAACAGCGAUUGCGGUAGCAGCACCCUCGAAAGCUUUGAAACAGCUCAACGACAAAGCUUACACUCGGUUGUCCAAGGCAGGAAAGAGCUGUCUACCUCCUCGUCCACGGAUGAGUCUCACGAGAGUGUUGCAGGGGGCAGACUCAACUCAAUCUACUCAUAUUCUAAUUCCGAAGAGUCAGCAUUCACCAUCGCUCCAAGCGCUGUGUCCACCGAAGUUGGUGACGAUGACAAUAACAAUGAGGUGGUCUACCCCUCUGCUUCCAAAGCCUCUAAAAACUCUGCUGUCAUAGUCGUCUCAGCUGACAGGAUGGACACUGUCGACUUUUCCAACUCCAAGCUGUCGUUUUUUAUUUAGCUGUUGCACAGUGUAGGAAGCAACUUUUGCCUUUUGUUGCUGUGCAUGUGUAUGACCAGUUUCAUAAAUGUAGAUUCGUGGAGUU